UUUUUUUUAUUUUUUCACAAACCUUUUGCCCAGGGAACAGAUCAAUGAUCACUCCUUUUCUUUUCUUAUUUUAUGUGGAAUUUAAAAACAGAGGCAACCUACAAAUAGUGACCAUAAUGACAUGUUAAUAACUCAUUUGCUGCUUUGUGUAUCACUGUUUAACAUUUUUGUAGCUUUUAUGACAGUUAACCCUUCAUUUUAAGUGUCACAACAGAGACUAAUAAGGAAUUUAAAAGUUUAGUUUUUUACAGUGACAUGUUGUUAUAUUUCAUUUACAUCUCAGGCAUUUGUGUCCUGUAUUAAAAAUCAGUGUCGUUCCUUUAUGAUGUAAAGCUCUUGAUCAGAUUAAUACAUGCCUUUGAUAAGGAGCAGGAAAUAAACAAAGCAACAGUGAUUAGUUGAUGUGUGUGUUUUGUAAUGAGUGUGUUGUAAAUGCUAAAUCAGGGGAGACACAUCCACUUGUGGCAUCGCUAACAGUGUGAGAGCUAUUGAUCGGAUAAUGGCUGUAGAUGAGGCUGAUGCCCCAUCAACACAAAUGUCUGGCAGAUUAAGAGAUUUUGAAUUUCAAACCUGAGAUAUUGAUCACUGUAACAGCACAAAUUACCAUAUCAGUGUUUAUUUAGAUAAGGUCACUGUUGGUCACUCAGGGACUGAUUUGCAUGUUGAUUGGAGUUUCAGGAUAGUGCACUGCAAACAUAAGUGUAGAUUUCAGGGUGCAUACAGGGGACACGUCCUCCUCAACAUUUCGAACAUGCAUUUCAACAACAUUAAAAAAUAAUUACAACAUGAACUAAUGGAGAAAAUGCACAAACUGGUGUAUUAAAAAGAAUUCAGAUUGAAGAAAUGUGUGGCAGAGGAUCCCCAAAUCUCCUAGUUUUAUGUGUUCACCCCAGUGGGAGAAGUUUUUAGAUCCUUUACCCCCUUUCCCUCCAAAUUAGUGCAUGUGAUCAAAAGUAGUUGCCUUUUAAUUCUUAAUCAAUUGGCAAAUGGAAUAAAUGACUAAUCAUUUCAGUGAUAACUUGGCUAGUUUAAUUUCAACUCAAGCAUCAUAUUUCAUAAUCUCUUCUUAUGAGUUUUUGUAAUGUAAAAAAUCCUAUUUUGUAAAGCAACUAGUAGCUUUCAGAUAAAUGUAGUGAAGUUAAAAGAACAUUUUCCUCUGAAAAAAAGCAUUUGGUGCUAUGAAAAGAAUAGACUCAAGUACCUCAAAUUCCUACUUAAGUUGCCUGCUCACUGCAGCAUUAAGGACCAUGGAAGAUGUUGAAAGAGCAGCACAUUGAAAUAAUAACAGAUAUUUCCUAAUGCAAUCAUUUGUGGGCGCAGUGUGGUAGAUCAGCCAUCAGCCUCCUUCAGUUUGUGCGACUUGAAUCCCUGUAUACACCACACUUUACACAGUAAACACGAGUAAAAACUUAACGCAUCAACUAAAGUAGGGGAGUUACUCCAGCUGUCUCCUGCUCUCUAUCAAUACCCUUUAUUGAUCCGGGCAACUGUUGAUAGCCACGACGCAUCCUUAUCUGCACAAGUCCAUCAUGUUUUUCUGCCUGACUUUGAUUGGGCAUGAUUAAUCCCUUCCACUCAGUAACCUAAAGGAGUUUCGCACCUCCUGUUGCACAAUGAUUGUAAUAAAAUCAAACAAGAGUGUCACUCUUAUAAAUAAACUUUGUUUUAUAUAUCAGAAUAUAUAUAUAUAUAAAUGUGCUUGUGGGUUUACAAACGAACUCCCGUGCAAAAUCCCUUUAUUGUGGAAAUAUUAAAGUCUAUAUACAGUGUUGUUGGGUGCUGAUUGGUGCAGACAUCAGUCAGACAGUGGUCAAUAGGGGGCGCCACGUGGGGACCUCCUGAGUAUAUAAAGUGGCUUUUCACAGAGAACUGCUCAUUCAAAGCCAACCUCAGCUCAUAAGGUUGCUUGAUUCUGCCAGAUGCUGCUGCUUCCAGCCUGAAGAGAUCCUUCACCCUGAGCGUCGGUCAGGGAGCCUCUCUGCACUUUCUCUCUCUACACUAUCUUCAAUUCUGUCCUCUGGUUCUUUGCCCUUUUCUGCUUGUAAAUUCCCUCAACCAUGGCUCCGACCCUGGCCACAGCGUUCGCCAGGCGCUGGUGGAUGGCAGUGACUGCCAUCAUUGAGAAUCUGCUGUUUUCUGCCGUGCUGCUGGGAUGGGGAUCACUGCUCAUUAUGCUCAAGUCAGAGGGCUUCUACUCUUACCUUUGCAACGAGGAGGUCAACAGUACCAACUACAAUCUGUCCAAACCCCUGACAACUCCAACGCCUGACGACUAUGCCGACUACUACGACAGUGUGGGCGGUGUGGUUGGUCUGGGAGAUGGAGUGGAGAUGAGGCCUCUGGUCCCUGUGGAUGGGCCCCUGAGGAUGAACGGCUGGCUGAUUUGUAAAGAACAGGAUGAGAUGCUGAACCUAGCAUUCACAGUGGGCUCCUUCCUGCUGUCCGCCAUCACCCUGCCACUGGGGAUCGUCAUGGAUAAAUACGGGCCUCGCAAGCUACGUCUACUGGGCAGCACGUGUUUUGGACUAUCCUGUCUACUCAUUGCCUAUGGAGCCUACAAUCCAAAUGAACUCUCUGUCCUUAUCUUCAUCGCCCUGACUUUCAAUGGCUUCGGGGGCAUGUGCUUGACCUUCACCUCUCUCACACUCCCUAACAUGUUUGGGGACCUCCGUUCUACCUUCAUCGCCCUGAUGAUUGGAUCCUAUGCCUCCUCCGCUGUCACCUUCCCAGGAGUCAAGGUGAUCUAUGACGUCGGCAUAUCUUUCAUCACUAUCCUGGUUGUGUGGGCCGCCUGCGCUGGACUGGUCUUCCUGAACUGCUUCCUCAACUGGCCGCUGGAGCCUUUCCCAGGACCAGAGGACAUGGACUACACUGUGAAGAUCAAGUUCAGCUGGCUUGGCUUUGACCAUAAAAUCACAGGGAAGCAGUUUUACCGCCAAGUGACUACAGUGGGCCGUCGCCUCAGCGUGGGCAACAGCCUGAAGCAGAAGGAGCUGGCCACUAAGGAUGGACACAAGCUCUGUCUGUCCACCAUGGACCUUGAAAUGAAGUGCAAGCCACAAGAUGACUCCCCAUCAUUCUUAAAAACCAUCACCACCCCUAUCUUCAUGCUCAGUCUGGUGACCAUGUCCAUCACUCAACUCCGUCUGUUGUUCUACAUGGGGGCCAUGAACAGUGUGUUGGAGUCGCUCACUGAUGGAGACCUCAACACAGUGAGUCUGUACUCCUCCAUCUUCGGAAUGCUGCAGCUGCUUUGCCUGAUGACCACUCCUGUGAUUGGUCAGAUCAUGGACUGGAAGCUGAAGGACUGUGAUGAUGAUGAGGAGGAAAAGGAGCCCUGCAGCAAGGGGGAAAUAAAGAAAAAACGCAGAGACAGAAAGACCCAGAAAGUGACCAAUGCCUUGAGAGCAUUUGUUCUUACAAACCUCCUUUUGGUGGGAUUUGGGAUCACCUGCCUAGUGCCCAAUCUCCCCCUGCAGAUCGUGUCAUUCGUCUUGCACACUGUCGUAAGAGGUUUCAUUCACUCUGCUGUUGGCGGCCUCUAUGCUGCAGUGUAUCCCUCCUCCCAGUUUGGUAGUCUAACAGGCAUGCAGUCUCUGGUCAGUGCAGUGUUUGCUCUGCUGCAGCAACCCCUCUUUCUGGCUAUGAUGGGGCCCCUGAAGGGAGACCCAUUCUGGGUCAAUAUUGGACUCUUGGCUCUAAGUAUGCUGGGCUUCUUGCUGCCUCUCUACCUGGUCUGCUACAGACGGACGCUCUACAGACAGCAACAGCAGAAAGAGGACGACGCUAAGAUUUACAUCAAAAUCAACGGCUCCGACAUCCCUGAGGCCUACGUGUAGAGAAAAGGAAACAGAGAGGAUGAAGAAAGCAUGCAUUUUUACUUAGAAUAUCACAUUUCAACCUACUGUAAAAUUGUUCUCCUUUGAGUACACAUGCAAACAUCAAUUUUCCAAAAUCCCACCAAGGUAAACUGCGGCUGUCACAGAAAGGCGCUGAAGAGGAAAGUAAAGUGUGGAGGGAAAAAGAAUGAAAUAAGAGGAAAGACUGUGAAAGGAAAGAGCGGCAGGAGCCCUCUGUAUUCCCCCAAAUCCUCUGACUUUUUAUUCCCUCCUCUCUGAGCAGCACAUCAGUGCAGCUCCACUCCAUAAAAGACUGCUUUAAUAUUCCGCAUGUGAGCAGACAGAAAUGAACAGGAGAGUUUGUUUCACUGAUUUCCAACUGGGAAACCGGCAAAAGUGCAAAACACUACCCUCACCAACAACCUCACUGUUGUUAGUGAGUGAUUCCAUUAUUAUUUUGAGACGUUUUUUUUUAAUAUGUUGACUUUAAAUCCUCCUGGUUGUAAAUCCCAUAACAUGGUGCUAUUCAUCAGCAGGAUUUAAAAAAAAAAUAGUGUAAGGUCUGAAUAAAUGGCAUUAAUGAGCGACAAGAUGGAGAGAAGAACCUUACUGCUGAAGUUUCUCUGGCGAGUAGAAAAGACACUCAUUAUGAUUAAUUAUGGGGCUGAAUUUUUUUUUCUGGCUAAUAUCGUAUUAGUAUAAAAUUGCUGUAGCUUAGAAUAUACUGGAUGAAUCUCAAUGUUUUUGGGGGGCUGUAUUUCAAGAAAGACGUCAAAAAAACGGCAGUACAUUUGCUAAAAACAAAAGGUUCAUGUACGUUUGGAGUAUUUAUUUUAUUGUCUGCUUUUUUUAUACCAUAAAUUUUUCAGGGGUGCCUUUAAAUAUAUUUUUGAGUAAAAGAUAAGAUUUUUUCAUUAAGCAUGUUCUGCUGAACAUUUUACACGUGUCAGUGAAAAGGGUCUGUGCAUUAAAUGGUAACACCAUCUAAACAUCACGUUCUCCAUGAAGUGUAAUCCAUAAAAUCAUUACCAUUCAGCUGCCUUAUUUUAAAUUCCGUGUUUCAGUCAAUGUACAUACUGUUCAGCACUUUAUACCCUAUUAAAACCCCUUUAAUACAACACACAUCAUUUCAGCACUUCUCUCCUGAUGCCUCUCUAAAGAGUCCCAUUUUCAUUUUGAUCUCCUACCUUCAUGUGUGUAUUUAUUUCAUUUUCCUCUCACUUUUCCAUAACACUUUUCACCAUGUAUUUAAAUUGUGCUGUGCUGGCAGCGACUCAAAUGUCUGACCACAUACUGUGUUGUUGGCAUGUAGCGCCUUCUUCUACUGUUGAAGAUAAUGUAGAUGAGUUUUGUGCAGGUGUUUUCUGUUUAAAUAUGGAAGAAUUUGUGGAAUAAAUAGAGUUGAUCUCUGUAAA